AUGCCUUUGAAGAAGAAGAGAUAUACACUCAAAACCAUAUUCAACUCCAUUUUCAUGGCGUGCGGUUGUUGCGGCUCCACCGUUCUGCCUUCCUCUCGCAGCAACGACUACACCUUGGGACCACCGGUUUCUCCCACGGUGUUACGCAGCCCAUGUCCUAAGAUAGAUGAGAGCGUCGCGAUGGCUAAGGAGUCAGUCAAUCCAUUCGAAGAUUACAAGAAGUCGAUGAAUCAGAUGAUUAAAGAGCGAGAUAUCGAGACCGAAGAUGAUCUCAAGGAGCUUCUUAGGUGUUUCUUGGACAUUAACCCUCCUCCUCAUCACAAUCUCAUCGUCCGUGCUUUUGUCGACGUCUGUUCCCAUCUCCGGUCACCACACGACCGCCGUGGGAAAUCACUUGGGAGAUUGCUUCGCCUUUAUGCUAAUCCUCUUGAUGAUUAUGAUAAUGAGUACUCCCGCCAAACCUCUUCAUUCGAUAAGAGGAAAUGA